GUUCCUCCUCCGGAGCUGUGAGGGGGUCUUUUUCGGGCAAAUUUGUAACCUUUUUCGCGAAUUUGUACCACUCGCAUCCGUACAUCGAACCCCCGCUGGCCGCGGCGGGAAGCGGAAUUUGCAUUGCAAAAACACAGCAAAACCUGGGACUGACUAGUGCAGGUGCAAGUGGUGCUACCUUAAUUCGAUUAGUUUGUCGAUUUUUCCACCGUGUGCAGUACCGCAGAGAGGGGGACCAGUUUUAUGAAUGAACCAAGUGUGAAAAGUACGUUUUGUGGCCGGAAAAGUGUGUUCCACGCGUUCGUGAAGGUUCCAUUUGUUUAGCUGUUUACUGUCGGUGCCGUUCAAAACACAGGAGAAAAGUGUGUGUGUGUUCGUUGCGAGGCCUUGUUUUGCAUCUUGUGUGCCAUCUCCCUUCUCCUUUGGCUGGCCUCGCAUCUAGGAGCCGUUUUACUACUACGCCGAUUUUACGCUAGCCCCGUCGCACACAGCCACACACAGCAUCAUCAGUCAGUCGUGUUUGUGGUGCGAUAGCGCACGCUGCGUGUUGAUCGAGCCCGAGCGCGCGUCCGCGUUUUGGAAACUGUGUCAAACCCCGAGCGCUCUGUUGACGGCGCCGCAAGUACAACACCUAAAGGCCCGCGUGAACGUGGCAUUUAACGGCCGAGAAGAAGCAGUGGCGCCCAUCGCCGGGGGAAAAUCGUUGACUUUUACCGCAACCGGCCAGGAGCACGCAGCAACAUGAUCAACCCGGUGGAAGCCCUUGCGAGUGCGAGCGGUGCAUCCGUACCCGCCAUUCGGCUCAUUCUUUCCGUUCUCUUUGCCUAUCCGAUCGGGUCGGUCUAUCGACAGCUCAAGGGUGGCGCGACGCAGCGCAAUCUCUACAUUGCCUUCACCGGCCUAUCGAUCGUGGCGUUCAACUAUGGCACCGACAUCUACCACAGCCUGCUGGCCGUUGCGGUUAGCUUCCUGUGCAACACCUUCCUGGGCACGAGCAGGCUGCUGGUGCCGGUGAGCUUCACCUACCAUAUGGGGUACUUAUUAAUUGGCUAUUAUUACACGACGAGCGAUACGUACGACAUCAAAUGGACCAUGCCGCACUGCGUGCUCGUGCUGCGGCUGAUCGGGCUCGCGUUCGACCUGUCCGACAGCAGGAAGAAGGAGGCGGACGGCAAACCGGACGCCAAGUGCAUUCCCGCCCCGUCGCUGCUCGAGCUGAUUGCAUUUACCUACUUCCCGGCCACCGUGCUCGUGGGGCCCCAGUUUAGCUUCCUGCGCUAUCAGCGCUUCAUUGCCGGUGCGUACGAGUCGCACACGCAGAACGCGCCGGCCUACGCGACGAAGAAGUUCCUGCAGGGCGUGUUCUAUCUGGUGGUGAACCAGGUCGGCACGCAGUACGUCUCCGACGCGUACCUGAUGUCGAGCGAGUUCGAGCAGGAGUCGCUCUUCAUGAAGCACAUCUAUCUCGGGUGCUGGGGACGCAUUACGCUGUACAAGUACAUCUCGAUUUGGCUGCUGGCGGAGGGAGCGGCCGUCAUUUACGGUCUCACGUACAUCGAUGCAAAGCCGGGCGAUCGGGAGUACUGCUCGGACGAGCUGUCCGGCUGCAGCAACAUCCGCGUGGGCGUGUUCGAAAACACCAGCAAGUACGGCCACUACGUCGAGUCAUUCAACGUGCAGACGAACACGUGGGUCGCCAACUACGUGUACAAGCGCUUGCGCUUCCUGAACAACCGCAUGCUGUCGCAUCUGGGCGCACUGUUCUUCCUCGCGAUCUGGCACGGUUUCCACAGCGGCUACUACAUUACAUUCCUGCUCGAGUUCAUGGUCAUCCGGAUGGAGAAGGAGGUUGAGCCAAUCUUUGCGCGGAACGAAAAGCUACAGCAACUGCUUCAGCAGCAGCCGCUGCUGCGCGCGCUCGUGUUUGUCGCGCUCAAGUACUACACCAUCGUCUGGGCCGGCUGGUGCUUGGUGCCGUUCGUGUUUCUCAGCUUCCACAAAUGGUGGCACAUCUACACGGUGGUGCGCUUCUCCGGCUUCAUUCUCUUCAUCAGUGGCAACAUCUUCCUCGCUCCGAUCCUGCGUGCCGUUCUACCGCGUUCUUCCUCCACCGCCAAGGGCAAGACCGAGGCAGCUGCAGCCGGUGCUCCCGCCGCCACUGCGGAAGUGAAGAAAGACAACUAAACACAAACACAGACACACCAUUAAACCUAGCACUAACGUACUCUAGCGCGCCUGUUUUUUUUUUUUGCGCGACCGUGACGCGAGAUCUCGUUUUUUAAGAAAGCGAAAAUAGGCGGCCUCUGCUCCAACACAAACACACACAGAGAGACACCACAAAAUUGCAAAGCCUCCACCACAACAUUGUUUUUUUUUCUCCAAUUUUAUAUGUAAAAACAAAAUCAGAUGCAAAUACGCUAGAACGCGCGCGCAACGAAAAGUAAUGCUCCAAGCGGCCGCACCUCUUAACAAACACACACAAGUAUAUUCGAAGCCAUCCCUGUUUCUUCUUGCACGUUGAAAUACGCAUAGUUUAUCGACACAAACACACGUUUCACGCACACACACACACGCGGCUAGCCUAUUAACUAUACUUAUAGAAAUGCGCUCAUACACUGUGUUGCUUAUCGAGAUCGAGACCGAGAAGUGCGGCCGAAGAAGACAACAACGAUGAUGAUGAAGAUCAUCGCACGGGGCGCCGCGAUAAAGACAAAUUUUGCACCCCCCCUCUCCGGGGGAGUUACUGCUUUAAUGCUCCUCCUCUAAAAACUAUACUCCUCCUCCUAGCUAUCCUUAUCUAAUAACACUUAUUCUGCCUCGUUAUCAUCUUCCAGCGUUUAAAGAAAGCGAAACCCUUCGGUGUGAGCGAAUAUUUACCGAAAACAAUGUUGUGUACUCCAGAGAGCGAACUCACACUAUAUUUACCCACUGUUUUCCGACCUAUUCAAGCUCGCGUUCAAGCCCACAAAGCUAACCGAAGAAGAAUAGCGGCACAGGAGAGAAAGCAGUUGCGCACCAAACCCGUCUUACAAAUUCUUAAAGUUGAUGAGCUUUUUUAACAAAAAAAACUACAAUUAAUAGACACACACAUCCGGCCGAGGGGAUGUUAGAGGAGAACACGUCGUUCGAGAUUUGGGGAUAGAGGGGAAAAGGGAGUUAAUUUUAGAAUCCACGAUACCCUUAGAAUAAAGCAGUACUAGUCAUAUUCUUCAAUUCGA